CUCCUGCCCCAUGCUGGCAAUGCGGUGCAUGGAAUUUUGUUUGAUACUGUCCAUAUAAGCAACAUCGGUGUAGGAAAUAUAAUGCGGUGGGUCAUAAAGAUGGUUUUUGUCGAAAAAAGAAGCCGAGCAGCUCCAUAGGUACCAGAAAGCCUACGCAUAGAUCCAACACGAAUUCGUUGAGUCUAAUAGCAAGAUGUGAGAACUCAACCCCAGUUGAGAGAAAAUUUAUUACCCUUAAUAUUAAUGGGCACCCGCUUAAUUGCAAAUAGACACUGCAUCUGAUGUAACAAUUCUCUCACGAAAAUAUUGGAUCAGAAUGGGAGGAUCACGCACGGUGCCAACAACACAGAAACCUCGAACUGCAUGUGAUAAUUACCUUCGUUUGUUGAGAAAACUAGAUUGUGAAGUGUACUUUCACGAUUCCACGUUUACCAGGGUAUGUUACAUCACACCAGCUGAUCUUAAUCUACUUGGGUUGGACUGGUUUGACCGGCUACAUUUAGCUGACGUUCCUUUAAGCACCGUAUGCCAUCUGGUGUAACAACCUUAUGAGCUUGAAGCAUAUUCGAAAGAACUAAUGACGGAGUUUUCAACCAUUUUCCAGCCUGUAUUGGGUCAGUGCACUGCUAUGAAAGCAACACUUCGGUUGAAACCUGGAGCUAAACCUGUCUUCCGUCCAAAAAGACCAGUGCCGUACGCAGCAUUAUCGAAAGUUGAUGAAAAACUUAACCGCCUUCGACUACAGGGAGUUAUUACACCUGUUUCUUAUUCCGCCUGGGCAGCACCUAUUGUGGUUAUUAAGAAGGCUAAUGGCACAAUCCGAAUAUGCGCAGAUUUUUCCACAGGUCUUAACGCAGCUAUCGAACAGCAUCACUACCCACUGCCAGUCCCUGCAGAUUUGCUUACGAUGUUAAAUGGUGGGAAGUUCUUUGCAAAGCUGGAUCUCGCUAAUGCCUAUCUACAAGUGAGUGGCUGAAGAUUCGAGAGAGUUACUUACCAUAAAUACUCAUCGUGGCUUGUUUCAGUACAAUCGCCUACCAUUUGGCGUUAAAACGGCUCCAUCUAUUUUUGAGCAACUAAUAGAUACCAUUCUAUCGGGUAACCCGGGGGUCGCAACUUAUCUCGAUGAUAUUUUAAUUGUUGCCACAUCGUUAGAACAGCCUAGAGAACACACGACAGCUGUACUACAACGCAUCAGCGAUAACGGAUUCCGAUUACGCCCAUAAAAAUGUCAGCUUUUCUUGAAGUCAGUUAAAUACUUGGGAUUCAUCUUUGAUGCCGAAGGUCGCAGACCAGAUCCUGAAAACAUCCGAGCUAUAAAACUGACGCCGACUCCCACUAAUAUCUCUGAGCUAAGUUCGUUCCUGGGACUAAUUAGCUACUACUCAGCUUUCGUUCCGUCGAUGUAUGACAUACGCGCCCAGCUAAAUCAUCUUCUGAAUAAGAAUACCAUCUGGAACUGGACAAAAGAAUGUGAAGCUGCAUGUUGCAAUCUGAAAACGAUCAUAAGCUCUGAACUAUUACUGACGCACUACGAUCCGUCCAUGCCUAUCAUUGUCGCUGCAGACGCUUCUGCUUUAGGACUCGGCGCUGUCAUUUCACAUCAGUUCCCGGACGCAACAUAGAAAGCUAUUAUGCACGCAUCUUGCACAUUUACUUCGGUGGAAAAAAAGUACAGUCAACUGGAAAAAGAGACUCUGGCCCUUGUGUUUGCAGUACGUUGUUUCCAAAAAUUCUUGUACGGUCGAAGAUUUACUCUUCACACUGAUCACAAGCCUCUUCUCACAAUUUUCGGUUCGAAAUCUGGUGUUCCAGCCCAUUCUGCAAACCGUCUCCAGCGAUGGGCUUUGAUACUUCUGGGUUAUGAUUUUGACAUUCAGUAU